CUACAAAAGUGCGGGUUUGCGUUCAGUCCAAGCUGAUCAUAACAAACGCAGGCCCCUCGUUUCAGAUUCCAGGCUUUCAGGAGGAUUCGAGAAGGCGAAGGCAAGGAGCAAGCUGUACUGCUGCGUACAGACUUCGGAUAUGGAGGACCAGUUCCAGGAUGGCAAGGAGGAGGUCAUCCAAGCAUGGUACAUGGAUGACAGCGAAGAGGACCAGAGGCUUCCUCAUCAUCGCGAGCCCAAAGAGUUCAUUCCUCUAGACAAACUCUCAGAGCUAGGAAUAUUAAGCUGGCGCCUAAAUGCUGAUGACUGGGAGAAUGAUGAGAACCUCAAGAAAAUUCGUGAAGCCAGGGGUUACUCCUACAUGGACAUUUGUGAUGUGUGUCCAGAGAAGUUGCCAAACUACGAGGCUAAGAUAAAGAAUUUCUUUGAAGAACACUUGCAUACCGAUGAAGAGAUACGCUAUUGUCUUGAGGGUAGCGGCUACUUCGACGUGAGGGACCAAAAUGAUCAGUGGAUCCGUAUAGCAGUGAAGAAAGGGGGCAUGAUUGUCUUGCCUGCAGGAAUGUAUCACCGCUUUACAUUGGAUACAGACAACUACAUCAAGGCAAUGCGUCUCUUUGUGGGAGAGCCUGUCUGGACGCCAUACAAUCGUCCCCAUGAUCAUCUCCCUGCUAGGAAGGAGUAUGUCGAGAGAAUCAUCAGCCGAGGUGGAAACCAAGUUGUUGAAGGUGAUGCCGAACACCUUUCGAGAGGCCAAAAAGAUCAGAUCGCAGAAGCGAAGUUUUGGGGAUUGGGAGAAAAAACCGAAGAAAAAGGAACGUCCUUUUCGCCGCGAACGCGGCGUAUCUCGCCGGCGGUCGGCGGAUCGGCGCGGCAAGUUGCAGCCAAUCACGAGCUCGGCACCACAUCCCGGCCCGCGCGCAGCCCACAGGCGAUCAGGAAAAAAACUGGCCACGAGCUGUCGCCGUCGUCGUCCUCCCUGUCGGCGCCGGUCGAUUCGGGAGGCGCUCGCCCCACUUGCGCCGGGCGCGCCAACCUCAGCCACACCCCGCGGCGUCCAGAACCUUCCGAGCCCCGCCCAGUCACGAACGCGCCCCGCGCUCUAGAACGUUCCAUUCCCCUCCUGGCCAGUCUCGUACAGAGGUCAAGCUGGUAUUUAGCGCCGCCGCCCCGCCACUCUCCCGAGGAUAGCAGGGCUCCUCUUCCCGCGCGCGCGCGCCACUGUAGCAGCGAGCGACGACUCUUCCUGGUUCUCGGGAUCGCCAGCGCUCUGGAUUCGACGAUCGCAGCGGAAUUCGCCUGGGGAUCGUUGCUUGGCUGCGGCUCCUGGCGUAGAAAGUCUCGGCGCUUGGGUUGGUUGGUGGGUGGCAGUGGCACGAUGGACCCGCUGCUGCCGGGGAUGGUGACCGUGAAGGAGGAGUGGCCGCCGAGCUCGCCGCCGCCGGAGGAGGAGGUGGAGGACAUGGACGCAGCGGAGGCGCCGCGGCCGAUGGAGGGGCUGCACGAGGUCGGCCCGCCGCCGUUUCUGACCAAGACGUUCGACCUGGUGGCCGACCCGGCCACCGACCAGGUCGUCUCGUGGGGGCGCACCGGCACCAGCUUCGUCGUGUGGGAUCCUCAUGUCUUCGCCGCCGUGCUGCUCCCCAGGUUCUUCAAGCACAACAACUUCUCCAGCUUCGUCCGCCAGCUCAACACCUAUGGUUUCAGAAAGAUCGAUCCAGACAGAUGGGAGUUCGCGAACGAAGGUUUCCUGAGGGGCCAGAGGCAGCUCCUGCGGCUGAUCAAGCGGCGGCGGGCGCCGUCCUACCUCCCCGGGUCCCAGCAGCAGGCCCUGGGCUCCUGCCUGGAGGUCGGCCAGUUCGGCAGCCUGGACGAGGAGAUGGACCGGCUGAAGCGCGACAAGAGCAUCCUGCUGGCGGAGGUGGUGAAGCUGCGUCAGGAGCAGCAGAGCACGCGGGCGGAGAUGCGGGCCAUGGAGGAGCGGCUGCAGCACGCGGAGCACAAGCAGGUGCAGAUGAUGGGGUUCCUGGCGCGGGCGCUGCAGAGCCCGGACUUCUUCCAGCAGCUGGCCCAGCACCAGGAGCGGCGGAGGGAGCUGGAGGACGCCUUCUCGAGGAAGCGGCGGCGGCCCAUCGACGCCGCGCCGUUCGAGGAGGCCGGCGGCCGCGUGCAGCCGCAGCAGGACGUCGAGCCGCCGCCGCCGCCGCCGCCGCUGUCCCGGGCGGGCGGCGGGUUCGAGGCGGAGCUGGGCGGCGAGCCGGGGACCUCGGAGCUGGAGAACCUGGCGCUCAACAUCCAGGGCCUCGGGAAGCGGCGGCAGGACGAGAAGCAGGCCCCGGGCGGCGAGACGGCGGAGCUGACCGACGACUUCUGGGAGGAGCUGCUGAGCGAAGGGAUGAUGGGCGGGGGUGCUGGGGCGACGGUGCCGGUGCUGCCGGAGCUGGAGAUGAGGAGGCAGCGGCCGGGGCGGUACGUGGACGCGCUGGCGCAGAAGCUGAGCUCCAUGAGCAAUACCGCGGCGAGGUAGGCGGCGCUCGUGCCUCGUGGUUAAAAAAAAAAAAAGUUGACCCUCCGAUUCGUACAUUGCUGUGGUAGUGUUACUGUAAAUACAUUGUAGUAUUUCGGAGCCGCCGGACCUUGCUUCUUGUAGUAACGCGCUGCGCUUACAUGAUGAGCCACGAUUCUUAAUGGUGAUUACUGAUUAGUAGUAGCAAUUCUUUUAGCUCUA